UAAGAAUGUUGUAAAUUUUUUAAGUUCAUACCUAAAGCUAAAUUCCAAUUGAAUUUAUGCAGUGCGCACAACUCACGCGCCAUUGGGCAUUGUUCAACACUGUUAACUGUUAUCGAUAUUUUGAUUAGCGAUGACUGCGAUAACUGCGAUUAGUGCUGCGUAAUCGCAGAACUGUUCCCUGCGCAAACAAUAAAAAGGAAAUAAAUACAACACAUGUUGACAAUCAGCUUUAUUUAUUUGAAUACUCAAUAAUAAUGUGUUGUAUAGCAUUAACUCGAGCUGUCUGUAACGGGCGCCAACGCUGAGCAGUGUGAUGUGCCGCUCAAUUGACCAGCGGGCGGUAUAAAAUUUGGAAUUGCGUUUUGUUUUCAUUUUGAUUGCUCGCAAGCGGCGUUUGAACAAGCGACGCUGUAACUCGAGCAACUGGUCAAGUUGUUUGCAAGGUGUAUUUAACGUAUGUAAUUGCAUAUGCACAACGAUGGAGAACCGCGCAGAAUCUAAGCAAAAAGUUGCUGAUGCUGAAAUAGACGCGAUGGAGACUUUAGAUGUGAAUGAGACGAAGCCAAAGCUGGAACAAGGCGAAGAGCUCAUGGACUUUGUCAUAAGUCCCGUAAUGCAGAGUCCGAACAGCAGCGACACCUGUAUUAGCAAAACAUCCGCCUACAAUUUGGAAACAUUUCUGGCGGAACGUCGACUUAUCCGGCUAGUGAGAAAGAGAUCGGCGCUCUAUAACAGACAUCAUCGGCGGUUCAAGGAUUACGUCUUCAAGGAGCAGCUGUGGCAGACCAUUGCACGGAAGAUGUCACUAGAGCUGAGCAAAUGCAUAAGUACCUGGGUGGAGCUGCGCUAUAAAUAUCAGCGACAUGUGCGCCGUCUACGCAGCUAUCGCCGGAAAGUGCAGACGUGUCGCAAUCAAGCGCAUGCCCGCCCCAUCAUGCUGCACGAGGAGGAACUGUUAUUUCUGUACACGCAUGUGGCCCAGUUGCCGUUGCAGCCUGACCAACGCACCAAUGUGCACGAUUUGGAAGCGACGAGUGUCGACGACGAUGUUAUCAUUGUAAAUCAUCAACCGGCCAUUGUUAUAGACGUAGAGGAAUACUGUGAUCAGCACAAAAUAAGCUCAGAUCAGCAGCGGCUAAUUGAUGCCGUUCGCGCCUAUCCACAGCUCUAUGAUACUCAGCAUCUCAACUAUGCGAACUAUCGUCAUCGCGGUCUCAUUUGGGGCGCCAUCUCCAAUGAGCUGCACGAGAAGGCAACCAAGCUAAUGAAGAUCUGGUUGCAAUUAACGACGCGAUACGAGUGGGAGUCUCUGCAUUGCAAUAGCAGCAGUAGCAGCUCUCAGCUACUGAAGCAGCUCAGCUUUCUCGAUCCGCACAUCCGCAACACACCUAACACCGUCUGCAAGAUGUCGAUGUAUUUGAAGGACGCCUGGUUUGAUACCAUUGAGCAUUUUCGCAGUGUCGUCAAUCUGAUUGAUGUGCUAAAAACGAUGCCGGAACUGGGACAAAUGGUGGAAGAUUCUCAAGACCAGACACAGAAGCCGACACGAUAUCAUGAGCUUUGGUUGCGCGUCUCGGCACAAGUAAAUUGCAGCAGCCAACGGUGCGAGGUCACCUGGCUGGUGCUGCGCAACUUUUACCUCGAGCUAGCCGAGAUGCGCAAAAUUGGAUAUCAGCUUCAGGACAAGUGGUUCUUUGAGAAAAUCAUUGGCUGCCUGUACAAGCUGCUGGCGAAAAAGCGUGCUGCCAGCAAUGUUGUCAAAGUCACAACACCUCCCAAAUUACGGGCACAUAUGACUGGCCCAGCCUCGCUAAGGGAUUGGCCGAAAAUGGGCUCCAGCCUGACGUGCAGUACGCCACAGCCAGUGCAACCACUGCCUCUGGCCAUUGUCUACCCAGCGAUCACAAGGUCACCGAACACCCCCAUAUCCGCUAUACCCAUCAACAGUAGCAGUAGCAACACUGUCACCAACUCCAUCGCCGCCACCACCAACACGAAUAGAAGCAGUGGUGGUGCAUGCAGCACUUCCGGAUUUGCCAUGCCUCGCAUUACGGCAGCCAUUAGUGUGGUGGCUAAGCCUGCACCGACUGCUGCGCCACUGACAGUGGCGCCAGUGGCAACCAUUCCUAAUUCCAACUACUUAAGCAAAGGGCCCAAGCCAUUGGCAUUGCCCAUACCGGCCACUGUGCAGCUGGCCACUGUGCCCGGUGUGCGACCGGGUCUACCGCGCACCGGUCUGCAUGUAACGGUUAAACCAGGAAUGCGUUUACCUCUAACGCCGCGAAUGCCGCCCGUUAUUGGCAGCACAAGCAACUCUGCCAUCCGCAGUAUCCGCGGUGCCACCAUAAUACGGCCUGUGGCACCUGCUCCAGCUGGCACCAUCGUAACAACCACAACAACAACAACAACACAAGAGCCAAGGCCCAUUUCAAAAGUGGCCAAUUGGAGCAGUAUUCUGGCAGCAGCAACGCCGCCGUCAACCAUAAAGUUGGGGCCACCGUUGCCCAAGCUAGUGCCGCUAACCGUGUGCAAGGACACGGUGAAGUUGCCCUCGAAGAAGAUUGUGCUCAAAGCGCCCUCCACAACGAUGCCGAUGCCAACUUUGACGCCAAGAAUGCUCCUCAGAAAGCAACCAAAUACAGUUUGUGGCAAUCCGGCGCUGCCCAUCAAAAUAAGCAGCGUUUCAUCCAGUAUGAACUCCAAAAAGCCCAAGUUACUUCCGUCGUCGCCGCAGCCGCCACCACCGCCAUCGAUGGUGUCACUGCCCAUCCAAAAAACCACUUGCCCACCAGAUUUGUGUGUCCAAACGCCGUCGGAGUGCGACAUUAAAGUUGAGUUUCGCGACUGCCCGACCAUGGGACGCAUUAUCCAUGUAGAGGGCGCAACGGUGCUGUAUUCGCCAAAUCUGACCAUGGCACGAGUGGCAAUCUUUAUACGCGAGGUGAUGGCCAUACCGCAAUUGCACAUGACGGAAACCCAUUCGACGGCCAGAAGUACCAUCAUCUGGCAGCAAAUAUCCAGGAAGUAUCACAUGCCAGAACAAGUAUGUCGCGGCAUCUGGCGCUUUCUGGCGGCGAACAUCAGUUUGUUUCCGGAGAUAGCGCCCAUGGAGGAGCUAAUGCGCCCCUUCAAAAGCACCUUCAAGGUGUGGGAGAAAUCGCAUCGAUUGUUCAGUAAGUUUGAUGAGAUAGCACGUAAAUAUCAAUGGAUGCUGCACAAGGAUAAGCUGCCUGCACUGAUGCAGCUCUUCCAAAAAUACGAACAUCUGUACUGGGAGCUGCGACGACCACGACCAGGAGAGCUCAGUCAUUCAGUGCGACCGCCGCGCCAGUAUACCGACAAGGAGCGAAAGGAGGUGUGGCAAUUGGCACGAGAGCGUUUUCCGCACAUGAAUCAUCAGGAUGUUUGGUCCAUGUUUAAAUUUGCCUUCAAAACGUUUAUGGACGACUUGGAGCGUGGCAUUGAGAAUCCUUGGCCGCAAAACUGGUGGCAUGCAUUGGAGCAGCUCAAGUUUCUUGUGAAUGUGCGCUACCAUCCCUUAGAGCCCUACUACUACAUAGUGCACAACAAGUUCAUGGAGGAGGUGAAGCGUUGCAGCAUGUACGAAGCUUUAAUGCAACCAAAUCUGACCGGCGGAUUGGCUAAAUCAUUGGCCAACAACUCGCCCAUGCCCUGGGAGACAGCCGAGGCAAAGGAACUGUUUGCUAUGCAGAAGCAGCAAAUACAGCAAGCACAGGAAGAGCAGGAACAGCAGCAGCAGCAGGCGGAGCUUCUAAAGAACAAACAACUGUCAGCUGAGGCCGAGCUCCGAAUGGACAUACAGCCUCCAAUCAAAGAAUUGCGCAAGAGUCUCGCUGAUGCUGAUAGCCGCAAAUUGCCCAGCAUCGAUUCGUAUCAGCUGAGCCGCCUGCUGCUCUGUUAUCCGCAUACCUAUAGCAGAGCGAGCACUAUAGAGAAGCGUAGGGCUUGGCUCAAGGUUGCCAAAGAGCUGAAUGCAUCAGUAACCGAGUGCCGUGCGUGUCUGCAGCAUGCGCUGCGUGAGAUGCGCAUCUUGAAGACGAUCGAUUUGAAUAAUCGUUGCUCGCUGUCGCAUAAGUAUUAUCGUCACCUGAACGAGAUUUUUACGCAGGUCAAGACUGGCGCGGCAACACCGCAAAAUCUAAGCCAAAUGCUAAUGGAGCCCACAGAGACAAUAUAUCCGGAGCGCUAUGUGCCCGAGAUCAAUAUGAUUGUGUGCAAGCCCAGUCUGGUGGUCAAGAACUGGGCCUAUGCGGCCAACAAUUUGCCAAACGCCAAUCGGGACAGCUUGCGUCCGCGUCUUAGGAAAAUCUUUGCCAAAUACGCGCACCUGGCAAACAUCGAAUGGCCCAAUGAUGGGCCAGUCAAGCGCAGCAAUGGAACCCUAUAGCUUCAGCUCCAGCAAAGAGCAGCAGAAGUCGGAUGCCAAGCGUUUUUAGCUGCAGCCAGACACAUAGUUUUUAUUUGUUAAUGCUAAUAUUAUAGUGUAGAAGCCUCGACAUAAUGUUCAGGCUAUUAUUGGAAUCCAAUCCUCGCCCAACUCAAAUAUCUUUCAUCACAAACGCCGCUUGCAAUGCCAACGGUGGUCUCUGUUAAAUAUUAUA